UUGAUACUUUUUUAAGGAAAUAUCUUUUUCUUCUAAGAUCCGAAUUAUAAAUGUCUUUUUACAUAUAUUGAAAAACAACAUUAUUAUUUUCUUUCUAUUUAAACAAUAUUUAUAGGAUUGUGGUGAACGGAAAAGGCGUUUACCACAAUUGUCAUAUAUUUUCGCGAUUAUAUUUUUAAUGAAAGUGGUGCCGAUUUGUGUUUUUGUGGAAAAAUGGAGCAGAAGGAAAAUGAUGGUCCAGUCUAUAAUUGGCAUUGUGUUACUGACCAGUUCAUUGAAGCAUGUGACCAACUGGAACUUGGAGAACUCUUGCAUGAUUCAUCGUUUGGUUUAUUCGAAGCUAUGUCAGCAAUAGAGAUGAUGGAUGUUAAAAUGGAUGCUGGGAUGAUGUGUAAUCAGAUAAAAAGAGAAGUCAGGACCCUUGAACAAUCUGUAGAGGCAGGAAGUGUAAAGCUCAAGGACUUGCAGCACACAGAAUUAAUUGGUAUAAUGGAUGCUUCUCUAGCUUGUAUGGUAACUUGGCUGGAAGGUCAUUCACUGGCACAGACAGUGUUCACUAACCUGUAUUUCCACGAUCCAUCACUGAUAGACGACAGAUGUCUGAGAGCUUUCUCUAUAUGUAUGCUGAAAAUUGUAGAUCUGAUCCGAGAUAGAAUUAACAGGGCGGGGGUGUUUGAAGAAGAGGAUUUCCAGCCACUGACGUAUGGGUUUAAAAUGGGCAGUGAUGUUACAGAUAUGAGAUCUAUUGGUAUGAUGAAAGAAGUGGAGGAUGAUCUCAACAGAAAUAUCCGGCAUAUUAAAGGGUUAUUGCAAGGGGAGGGAGAUAAUGGUGAGAAGGAAAAAGAGUAUAAGUUGUGUGUAGCUGUGUGUACCAGGAUAAAGUUUUAUAAACUGUUAUUGUCCAUGCUGAUAGCAUUUAGUAAAGACAAGUGUGAAGGUGUGCCACAAGCGCAGAAGCUGAUUGGUCAGUUGCUAGAACUGAUACAACCAAUGAAAUCAUCUGUUAAUUUAGGAAUACAACCUGAGGAAAGAGAAGUUACAAAAAAUGAUUACCCAACAAUAAUGGGUUUUGAGCCAUUAAUCAACCAGAGACUGUUGCCACCAACAUUUCCUCGUUAUACUGUCAUACAUAGCCGUGAUUCGUCGGUGGACUACAUGGAAACAUUACUGAAUAUGUUGGAGAUGACCACAGCUGUUCUAACCGCCAGCAAUAUACAAGAUGUUUAUGAAGUGUUCAAGGAAUUCAGUAAACUGUCACCGUGUGUGUUAACAAGGUCUAUGUUACAGUUGUCAUUUUUACCUCCAAGUAGAAGAGUAUUUGGUAAACAUACACUGACAGACUUUCUAAAAGAUUCUGUGAGAGCAUUUGUCAUGCCUCCUGCACUCGCACCAAAAGCACCCAUCUAUAACAAUCCUGAUGUAAAACAGUAUGUUGAUGCGUUGAUGACCCGAGCAGUGCGACCUAUAUGUACCGUGUUACAAAUAACUGGUCACAAUCGUGCACGGCAACGUGACAAGUGGGCUCACCUGCUGGACGAGAUGGCGAAUCUUCAAGACGAGGCUGAUAAGGUAGAUGGUUUCCUGCACCAAGUUCAGAUGAAGACUGACCCCAAUAGACAGUAUGGUUCAAGUUUUGGUACCUGGGUGUUAUAUUAUACAUUACAAGUCAUGAUCAAUUAUACACUGUCAGGUUUCGAGUUAGAGCUGUACGCACCCUAUGAAUAUCAUUAUGUGUAUUGGUACCUAUAUGAAUUAUUGUAUUCCUGGUUAUUUUCCACCAUUCAGCGUGCAGAUUCCUUUGUUAUAGAUCAUGAAGCUUACAUAGAUAUGGUGAGCAGUAAAGGUAGGGGAAGUAAGAAGGGAAAGAAGAAGAGGCGUUCUAAAGGUGUUCAGAAAGAGGCUAACAUUUGCCAGGCUCAACAGAACAUGUUUGGAGGAUAUUAUAAAGCUGUGAUGGGUUUACAAUUAGCCAACAAAUUAAAACAUCCGAACUUUGAGUAUGAUAAAGAAGAAGUACGGUAUAGUCACAGAUUUGCUCCAUUUGCCUGCGUCUCAACACCACCCAUGGUUCCUUAUUCUCAGUUCAAAGGGAAAAAAAAAGGGGGGUAG